CUGUUUCUUGAAAAAUCGGGUACACAAUGCUUAGAUUCUUCUUCUUCCUUGUUUGUCUUCUUGUUAGGUUCUUUGCAGUUUUUGCGAUUCUUGACCCUGUGGAUUUCUUGGCUUUACAAGCGGUUCGGAAAAGCUUGGAUGAUUUGCCUGGGUCGAAUUAUUUUGGGUCCUGGGAUUUUACUUCGGAUCCCUGUGGCUUCGCCGGAGUUUUCUGCGAGGGGGAUAAGGUUGUCGCGUUGAAUCUCGGUGAUCCCAGAGCUGGGUCGCCGGGAUUGACUGGAAGGAUUGAUCCGGCGAUUGGGAAACUUUCUGGGUUGGCUGAGUUUAGUGUUGUUCCGGGGAGGAUAACCGGUGCAUUGCCGGAAAUCUUGUCGGAGUUGCAGAAUCUCAGGUUUCUUGGAAUCAGCCGGAAUUUUCUCUCCGGCGGGAUUCCGGCGGGGCUUGGGAAGCUCCGGGGGUUGCAAACGCUGGAUCUCAGUUACAAUCAGUUAUCCGGGAGUAUUCCUCCGGCCAUCGGAGCGUUGCCGGCGUUGUCCAACGUUAUUCUCUGUCAUAACCGUUUAUCCGGUUCAGUUCCCCGGUUCGAUUCCAAAACUCUAACCCGGGUUGACCUCAAGCACAACGCUCUCUCCGGUCGGCUCCCGGCUAAUGCUUUCCCUCCGUCGGUUCAGUACCUAUCAUUGUCAUGGAACCGGCUGACCGGGCCGGUCGACCAGAUCUUAACCCGGCUGAACCGGCUGAACUAUCUCGACCUGAGCUUAAACCUCUUCACCGGCGUUAUUCCGGGGAACAUCUUUAACUUCCCCAUCUCAAAUCUCCAACUCCAAAGAAACCAAUUUUCCGGCCAGAUUAAACCCAUCACUCAGGUCACAAUCCCCACCGUCGAUCUCAGCUUCAACCGUCUCUACGGCGAGAUUUCUCCGCUCUUCUCCACCGUGCAGAAUCUUUACCUAAACAACAAUCAGUUCACCGGCCAGGUCCCCAGAACCAUCGUGGACCGGUUACUCUCGGCCAGUAUUCAGAUUCUUUACUUACAGCACAACUAUCUCACCGGAAUCUCCAUCAACCCCGCGGCGGCGAUUCCGGUCAGCAGCUCACUGUGUUUGCAGUACAAUUGUAUGGUGCCGCCGGUUCAGAGCCCCUGCCCGUUGCGAGCCGGGCAGCAAAAGACCCGGCCCACACAACAAUGCAUCGGCUGGAAGGGUAAAACAGGGAAUUGACAGCUGCGUCAAGGGCAAAAAGGGAAUUUCACUUAUCCUGACGGGUCGGAGUGCGUCAAGGGCAAAAAGGAAAUUUCACCUCUCUUGACGGGUCGGGGUGCGAGAGUCUGAAGCUAGAGAAUUUUGUCUUUCGUGGGCAAGGAAUAGUAUUUUCAUUAUUAUUAUUAUUGUUAUUAUUAUUAUUAAAUUUUUUCAGGAGAUAUUUAUUUAUUAAAUUUUGUAAAAGUAUGUCAUAAAACAAAAAUGUGCAUAAAUUGAUUGUGGAUUUUUUUAAGGGAAGUUUUUGUCUGUUUUUAA